AUCACCGUGUUACUGUUGUGAAUGUAAAGUACUACGUGCUAUAAAAGUGUAAUGUUAGAGAUGAAGGAAUGUGGCGAUACGCAAACACGUUCCUGAUGCCUAGAAAGAAGGAAAAAUAGUCGUCGCUUCGAAUGUAGCAUCAGGACAGCCGGAGGAGGGAAAGGCUGGAUCCCCCCGUUCGAGACUAAAGAAGUUGUGUGUGUGUGUGUGUGUAUUGGUCAGCACGCUCGUCUCACAUCUACGAACGCCCGGGUUCGAGUCACCUGUUCACCUAGCAGCAAGCAGAGUACCGUCCCCUGAGGGAGACGCGCCAGGGAACCACAACAACAGGCGGCGAGGGACGAAGCCGAUCCGUGAGCUGCAGUUUACUAUACGCGUUUCUGCCACAUUACAAGGGUUGUUAGAAGAAAGUAGCUAGCCAAGAGUGAGAGAAGAAGCAGAGGCGUGGGUGUGUUGCUUGAAGUAGGAAGUGCGCCGUGAGGGACGAGGAAGGCAGCAUGCCGGAGAUCAAAGUCACUCCUCUUGGUGCGGGACAGGAUGUGGGCCGGAGCUGUAUCCUGGUGACAACUGGCGGAAAGAACAUUAUGCUGGACUGUGGCAUGCAUAUGGGAUACAAUGAUGACAGACGGUUCCCAGAUUUCACCUAUAUCACAGAUGGUCCACUGACAGAGUUCCUUGACUGUGUUAUAAUUAGUCACUUCCAUCUGGACCACUGUGGCGCCCUGCCCUACAUGACGGAGAUGGUGGGCUACAGCGGACCCAUCUACAUGACUCAGCCCACAAAGGCCCUCUGCCCUGUGCUGCUGGAGGAUAUGCGGAAGGUGGCAGUGGAAAGGAAAGGUGAGACCAACUUCUUCACCUCCAGCAUGAUCAAGGAUUGCAUGAAGAAAGUGAUCACAGUGUCCCUGCAUGAAACAGUGCAGGUGGAUGCAGACCUUGAGAUAAAGGCUUACUAUGCUGGCCAUGUCCUUGGUGCAGCCAUGUUCCAUAUCCGUGUGGGCCAGCAGAGUCUUGUGUAUACGGGAGACUAUAACAUGACCCCUGACCGUCACUUGGGAGCUGCCUGGAUAGAUAAGUGCCGUCCCGACCUCCUCAUCUCAGAGUCCACCUACGCCACCACCAUCAGGGACUCCAAACGCUGCAGGGAGCGUGAUUUCCUGAAGAAGGUACAUGACUGUGUGGAGCGUGGCGGCAAGGUGCUCAUCCCAGUGUUUGCCUUGGGCCGAGUGCAGGAGCUGUGCAUCCUCCUCGACACCUACUGGGACCGCAUGAACCUCAAAGUUCCUGUAUACUUCACCAUGGGCCUGGCAGAGACAGCCAACAAAUACUACCGCAUGUUUAUCACGUGGACCAACCAGAAGAUCCGACAGACUUUCGUUCACCGCAACAUGUUCGACUUUAAACACAUCAAGCCAUUUGACAAGACCUACAUGGACAACCCUGGGCCAAUGGUGGUGUUUGCUACACCGGGAAUGCUGCACGCUGGCCUCUCCCUGACGAUCUUCAAGAAAUGGGCACCCAACCAAAACAACAUGGUAAUCAUGCCUGGGUACUGUGUCCAGGGUACUGUUGGCCACAAAAUCCUCAAUGGAGCAAAGAAGAUCGACUUUGAAAACCGUACCAGUGUAGAGGUUAACUUGAGUGUAGAGUAUAUGUCAUUCAGUGCCCAUGCUGAUGCCAAGGGUAUCAUGCAGCUGGUGAGACACUGUGAACCCAAAAACGUACUGCUCGUCCACGGGGAGAAUGCCAAGAUGGACUUUUUGCGGCAGAAGAUCAUGCAGGAGUUCAACAUUAACUGCUACAAGCCGGGGAAUGGGGAGACGGCUCACAUCUCUGUCUCAAGCAACAUGGAGGUGGAGGUGUCUCUGUCGUUGCUGAAGCACACAAUGGCCGCCCCGCCAACUUCUCCAGCCUUACCACUUGCCCCCACAACCUCAGGCAAGGCAGAGGAACAGCCCACCAAGAAACAGAAGAUCCUACAUGGUGUCCUCAUUAUGAAAAACAAUAGCAUGAAGAUCUUAGGAGUGAAUGAGGCAUGGGGAGAGCUGGGGAUUGUUUCACACCAACUGCGCUUCACUGAGAGAAUAGAAGUGGAGCACAUUGGCCCGGUGCAGGCACUCACCUCCUCCCUGCACACCCUCCUGUCACAGAAGCUUGGGACGACUCAGGUGCAGGUGGUGAGUGAAUACCAACUGUCAGUAGCUGACUCGGUGGUGAUCAACAUUCAGGAUGACAAUGAUGAUCCAGGGAAGAACAUCCUCCUCUCUUGGACACACCAGGAUGAGGCUCUGGGAAGCAAGCUGCUGGAGAUCAUAAAAGCCAACUUUAAAAAAUGACCAAUGCCCAACAAUCCCCCUUCCUCCUCCACUCCAAGUCACCCACCUCCUCCACUCACCACCUCCUCUGCGAGUCAGCCAACCCAUUCUGCACAUAAUCCACUAAGUGAAUCCUACAUUGAUCUGUCCUGAAUAAUGUGCUGCAGAAAAGUGUGCCUCACUCAGCUAUUUUCUGCUACAUGAUUGAACAGAGCCUCCAUGCCACCAUGAAGGAACCGCUGCCUGGAGCAUCUCAGAAGAUGGGUGUUGGUAGAGGUUUGGUUGCAUCAGGACUCGGGUGGCUUUGUGGUGCCUUGUGGUGGGCGAACACUUGAAUCUCUUCUGCUUUUUAUAUUGAAGAGAACACAGUGAAAGAGUAAGAACAAAUAUUAUAAUGUACAAAUAUGCUGUUCAUGUUAAUAUUUUUCAUGUCAGGAUAAUAAUUAUAUUUCUUACCAGUUACCUCCUUUAAACAGGAA